UUUUCAAUUUUUGGUUUGUUCGUAUUUUCUGUGAUAAUGUCGUCUAAUGAAGAUCAAACUACCUUGUUAACACCAAUUUCUAAUGCUUUAUCCCUCUCUUUGGCGAAGAAAUGCUCAAAAAUUUCCGAUGUUUUAAUGGAAACCGGCAAUUGUUUGGAUGUCCACCUUCAACAUUUUUGUGGAUUUGCUGUUUCAUCUGGAGGAUUAAUAUCUGAUGAUUUUAGGAAAAAGAUUUGGCCUGUAUUAGCUAAAAGUAUUCCUUUAGCUAAACGCUGCAAUUCAACAUCUCGCGAACACUUUGAAAUCGUCGAAUUUAAGUGUAACAACAAUAGUGAUAAGGCAAAUACUUCUAACAUAUCUGACUCAGACUUUGAAUCUGCUCUAUCUACAUUUUCCGACUCAUCAGAAGAAGAAGAAGAUGACGAUAUUACUCUCGACAAUUGUGUUGCUUCUAGUUCACAACCUCUAGAAAUUCCAAUAGAAGAACUUCAAUCACAUCCAGACUGGAAACAAGUUGAAUUGGAUGUAAUAAGAACGCUUUCGCGGUUUCCGCCUGACAUUGAGGAUGUUGAAAGGGAAAGGCUUCAACAACAGUUGACACCUUUAAUUGUUCGAAUAUUAUACCAAAAUGAGGAUUUUCAUUAUUAUCAAGGCUUUCAUGAUGUUUGUUUAACUUUUUUGCUUAUAUUGGAUCCUGAUGAGGCUUUUAAAGCAGUGCAAUCUAUUUGUCAGCGCGGGUCUUUUGGCAAUUAUUUAUCUUGUUCGUUGGAAGAAAGUGUUUUAAAAGAAUUGGAUGAUAUUUAUGUUCUUUUAUUUUUGCAUGACAGAGAAGUUGAAGAACAACUGCGUGGUUUGGAGUUGGGUACUUUAUUUGCUCUUAGUUGGCCAUUGACUUGGUUUUCACAUGCUUUACAACAUCAUUCUCAGGUGACUCUCUUCUUUGACUUUUUCUUAUGUUCUGAUUAUCUUAUGCCUAUAUAUGUUAGUGCAGCUUUAAUUUGUGAGAGAAGAGAAGAAAUAUUAAAUUGUGAAAAAGAAAUGCCAUUAAUGCACAAAUUAUUAAAUCAUGUCCCAGCAGAGAUUAAUUGCAAUCGAAUAGUUUCAACAGCCCGUUCUCUCUAUGGAAGUUACCCUCCAACAGUUCUUCAUGAAUAUAAAAAAGAAUAUGACAAAAUACGUGAACGGCAACGCAGACAGAAGGAUAUAAUGGAAAAGAUUGAUAAUGUUAAUAGAGAGAAUAUGCAAAUGUUGCUCGAAAGAAGGGGAAGUUCUCUACGUCUUAACGUGUAUGAAUUUGCUAGACCUUUUGCUGUGUUUGGAGGUGUAGCCGCAAUUGCUGUUGUAUAUUUUUAUACUAAAAAUGGAUUUCCAAUUUUUUAG